GACCCUCCUUGGUCAAGACGGUCCAUAUGAGCUCUAUGAACUCCCGCCUCAAGAGCUUUGGCUUCGGAAAACGCAAAUCAACUGCUAGCAUCAAUCCCGACCCCAACCAGCCGUCCAGCCAAACCCCGCCUCCUGGUGGUCUCGGAGGCGCCCCUCAAAUACCGCAGCAGCUGCCACUCCGCCCUGGCUCGAUCGCUUCUGCUUCUUCCGCCUCCCUCUCUCCCAUGAAUCAUCCCGGCGCUCCCAAUCGCCCUCCCAGCUACUCUGCCAACAACUACCCCCCCGGGGUCGCCCCUCCAGUCGGACCCACCAGUCCUUUGAACCAAGCUCAGACGCGCACCCCGCCCACGCAAAUGGUUGGGGGUCUCCUCCCAUCAACACCGGGCUCCCGCGGUUACCCGCUCAGCUGCCUCCGUUCGCGGCAGGGACUUCCCCAUGGGCGCCAGAAGGCCGAGGGCAGCAGCCGAAACAAGGCACAGCUGAUCGUCGGUAUUGAUUUUGGAACAACUUUCUCCGGCGUCGCCUUCGCCUUUGCCACGAACAACGAGGCGAAGGAAGAUAUCAUUACUGAGUGGCCGGGCGCAGGAUCGUACACCAAGCAGAAGAUCCCCACCGUUCUCUACUAUGACCAGUACCAGAAGGUCGUGGGCUGGGGUCCUGAUAUCGCCGAUGCGCUGGCGCCAACGGGGUACCCAAAGCCAGGUGUGCAAAAGGUUGAGUGGUUCAAGCUGCAGCUUAUGCUGUCCGGCAAUACGUACAUCGACCCGAUCAACCUUCCGCCCCUGCCGCCUGGCAAGUCCGAGAUUGAUGUGGCAGCCGACUACUUAUUUAAACUUCGUCAGGCGAUGCGAUCUGCGCUACAAAAGACCCUCGGCGAGGUCUUCAACCGCGAGGAGCGCAACAUUCGCUACUAUCUGACUGUGCCAGCCAUCUGGAACGAUGCUGGAAAGGCCGCGACGCGCGCUGCCGCCAUUCAGGCCGGUUUUCUGAGGGAUGAGAACGACAAUAGGUUGACAUUAGUGUCUGAGCCCGAAGCUGCCGCCAUCUUCUGUUCCAAGACUGGUCUUCUGAACCUCAAGGUUCACGAUGCCGUCUUGAUCGUCGAUUGCGGUGGUGGCACCGUCGAUUUGAUCGCGUACGAAGUCGAGGAUGAGAACCCCUUCACCGUUGCCGAGUGUACAGCAGGCUCCGGUGACUCGUGCGGUUCGACGGCGCUGAACCGCAACUUCAGCAACAUCUUGCGCACCAAGAUCCGUAAGAUGAAGUUGCCCGACGGCUCCAAGACAGCAGGCCGUGUCUAUGCCAAAUGUAUCAUGGACUUCGAGAACAGAAUCAAGGCCGACUUCCGCAACAACGGUCAGAAGUGGGCUGUCGAUGUUGGUAUCGAGGCUGAAUUCCCCGAGGCCGGUAUUGAAGAGGGGUACAUGACCUUCACCAACGAAGAGAUUCUUCAGUGUUUCGAGCCUGUCGUCAACCGCAUCCUGGAGCUCGUCAGGAAUCAAAUUAUUGCUAUUCAGGCCCAGAACCGGACACUGCAAAACAUUCUGGUUGUCGGUGGCUUCGGUGCUUCGGAAUACCUUUUCCAACAGAUUCGCCUCCACGUGCCCCCGCAAUUCCAGUCCAAGGUCGUACGGCCAAUGGACUCUGUCGCCGCCAUUGUCAAGGGCGCUGUCACGGCUGGCAUCACAGAGCGUGUUGUCACCCACCGUGUAGCGCGUCGCCACUAUCUCAUGGCAACACUGCAGCCCUUCAAGGAGGGUUACCACCCCGAGGCGUACCGCGUUCCCUCCCUCGACGGCAAAGACCGAUGCAAAUUCACGCGCCAGAUUUUUGUGCAAAAGGGACAAAAGGUCAAGAUUGGUGAGCCGGUCAAGGUCUCCUUCUUCCGCCAGGUUGCACCAGGCGCCACACUCAUGUACGAGGAUAUCCUAUACGCCUGUGAUGAUGAUGUUUGUCCCGAAUACACUAAGGAUCCCCGUAUCAAGGAAGUUGUCACGCUCACCUCUGAUUUGUCGAGAAAGAACCUCGAGAAGGAUUUCGAGAGGAUGGACACGCCGCAGGGCACCUUCUAUCGCGUCUAUUUUGAUAUUUACCUCACUCUCGACGGAUCAGAGUUCAGUGCUGAGUUGGUGUGCCAAGGUGAAGUCAUGGGACGAUGCCGCGCACGCUUCCGAUAAACGACGGUCGGCAGGCUGGGGUGACAGAUGAGGCUGUUGAGCAUGCGUGUUUCGUUUUUAAAACCGAUGAUACCUUGAAAAGAGGAAAUGGGCCUGGGCAUGACUGUCCUAGGAUGGAGCGGUAUAUACAUACAAAGGAGCUGACGGCUACUGCUUCAAGAGCGGGGCAAUUUUCAAGAGACGAUGAUGACAGAUGAUAAAGCUUUACAAGACUUCAUGGUUCGAGAGAGCGAGCUGGAUCCAGCCAGCCUAUGGU